AUGGGUUGCGUCUCCUCCAGCCUCCUCAAUCCAAGCGAUGACUUCUCUCAGCUCGCCGGCUGCAGCCACCACUUCGUCAAGCUAACUUCCUCAACUUACGGUCUUCUCAAUCUCGAUCCUCCGCCUCCUUCCGCCGUUAUCUUCGCUCCUGCUACGCCGAUGACUCCGCCUGAGAGAUUCUCCAUCGUCGGUAAGGAGCCAGUGACAGUCAAGUCGGAGCCGGAGGUGAUUAGCUUCCAGGAGCUAAUGUCUGGUCUCGACGCCGCCGCCGAUGCUUGCCGACUGUCACCUCUUCCGGCGAAAUGCAAUGUCUCCUCCUCCGACGGCGGAGUAAACAAAGAGAAUUCGGAUCCCAAUUGGAAAAACCCUAGGAAUCAAUUGAACGACGACGAGGUUCUGAAACCGCUCGAUCCGAAAUUCGCGGAGGAAUCCGAGAGUCCGCGUCCUCCUCCGGAAGAGAAUCGCGUCGUGAUCUACACGACAUCGUUGCGCGGCGUGCGUAGGACGUUCGAGGCGUGUAACGCCGUGAGAGCUGCGAUCGAGAGUUACGGCGUAGUAAUCUGCGAGAGAGACGUGUCGAUGGAUAAAGGAUUCAGAGAAGAGCUGAAGAGUCUCAUGGCCGGAGACUCGGCGGCGGCGCUUCCUAGGGUUUUCGUGAAGGGGAAGUACAUCGGCGGAGCAGAGGAAGUGAUGGAAUUGGUGGAAGAUGGUAUGCUCGGAGAUUUGCUUAUAGGGAUUCCGAAGAAGAAAGAUCGAGGAUACGGUGGUGGUGGUGGUUGUUGCGACGGGUGCGGUGGUUUAUCGUUCUUGCCGUGUUCUGGUUGUAACGGAAGCUGCAAAGUGGUGGAAGGAUGGGGAAGCGACGCCGUGGUGGUGAAAUGUACGGAGUGUAACGAGAAUGGUCUUGUUCGUUGUCCGAUUUGCAGCUAA